CCAGGGGGCGGGAUCGCAGAAGUGCCCUCUGUCUUUAAAAGGGAAGUUGUUUAGUCACUCAUUCAAAGUUCGGGGGAGCGACCUGGGAAGCGGAAUUCGUGGCCUGACCCUCCGUGCCUUGAUCAAUUGGUUGUUCCUUUUGCAAACCCUGCCUUCCUCUCAGUCCAAACUCUCAGCCGUAGACGUCGUGGUUCCAGCUCCAUCUGUGCACACAUAACUCCAGGAAGCCGCUAGCUCCCGAUGUCUUCUGUCAAGUUAUGGCCCAAUGGUGCGUCAUCGGUCCCUCUGGUGAGCCAUGAGGAACUGAAGAAACCGGAGUUUGUGGGCAAAGGAGGUUUUGGAGUCGUGUUCCGGGCACACCACAGAACAUGGAACCUAGAUGUAGCAGUCAAGAUCGUGAACUCGAAGAAGAUAGCCAGGGAGAUGAAGGCCAUGGUGAAUCUUCGUAAUGAGAACGUUCUGCUCCUGCUGGGGGUCACUGAGAACCUCCCGUGGGAACACAUGUCUGGGCAGGGUCUGGUGACAAGAUUCAUGGAGAAUGGCUCCCUUGCAGGGCUGCUGCAACCCACAUGCCCUCGGCCCUGGCCUCUCCUCUGUCGCCUGUUGCAGGAAGUGGUGCUGGGAAUGUGCUACCUACACAGUUUGAACCCUUUGCUCCUGCACCGGGACCUCAAGCCCUCUAAUGUUCUGCUGGACCCAGAGCUCCACGCCAAGCUAGCAGAUUUUGGCCUGUCCACAUUUCAGGGAGGGUCACAGUCAGGGUCAGGAUCAGGAUCCAGGGACUCAGGGGGCACCCUAGCUUACCUGGCCCCAGAGCUGUUGGAUAAUGUCAACGUGAAGGCUUCUAAAGCAAGUGAUAUCUACAGCUUUGGGAUCCUCAUGUGGGCAGUCCUGGCUGGAAGAGACGCUGAGUUGGUAGACAAGAUCUCACUAAUCCGUGAAGCAGUAUGUAGCAGACAGAGACGUCCUUCGCUGACAGAGCUGCCUCCAGACAGCCCUGAGACUCCCGGCCUAGAAAGACUGAGGGAGUUAAUGGUGCAUUGCUGGAAUUCUGAUCCUAAAGACAGGCCGUCCUUCCAGGACUGCGAACCAAAAACCAAUGAAGUUUACAUCCUGGUAAAGGACAAGGUUGAUGAUGCUGUCUCUGAGGUAAAGCAUUAUCUGUCUCAGCACAGAAGCAGUGACAGAAAGUUGUCUGCCAGAGAGCCAAGCCAAAGAGGCACAGAAAUGGAUGGCCCAAGGGAUACCACAGUUUCUGAAAUGCUGGACCACCUGCAUUUGGAGGAGCCUUCUGGACCAGUUCCUGAAAAAUGCAUAAGCCUUUCUGAGAGGAAAGCACAGGAAGCAGCAAUUGGGCAUGCCACACCAGCAAGGUCAUCUUCUGACACAGUGUAUGGUCCUCAACAAAUUCCACAUACUUUACCCUCCAGAGGCACAGCACCUAGGCCAGUCUUUACUGAGACUCCAGAUCCUGACCCCCAAAGGAAUCAGGGAGGUGGAAGACACGGCACUCCUUGGUACACCUGGACCCCAGAGCCAAAUCCAAUGACAGGGUCUGUUAUCCUCAACAACUGUUCUGAAGUGCAGAUUGGAAACAACAACUACUUCGCAGCACAACCCAAGAAGGACCCAGCACCAUUCGGCAGGGGUAGGGGCUGGUAGCCCUGCUACAUGUAGACUUCAGAGAACACAUGCAAGAGCCUGAGGCCAUAAAUGUACCAUUCAGUGAGCCAGUAUAAUUAGUGUGGGAAUAAAAGCACUUUCUAAGCAACCUGGACUGGCUAAGACAAUCAAUCCUUGCCACCUCCAAAACCUUGCAACAUUCUUUGAGGACAGUUUACACAUGCACCCAAACUGACUUUUGACCUAUC